AUGGGACUAAAUGACAAACUACUGCCGUAUCUCACCAACAGUAUCCGACCAACGAAGCGAAUUAUCCUGCAGUGUGUCAUGAGUUUUUUUGACCCAAUAGGAUUUCUCUCACCGCUGUUGAUUCACGGAAGAAUAAUAAUCCAGGAGACUUGGAGAAGUAGAACCGAAUGGGAUCAGUCUGUGACGGACGAACUCUUCGGGCGUUGGCUAGGUUGGACGAAGCUACUAUCAGACAUCGAGAAAGUUAGAAUUCCGCGUUGUUUCUUCGGUGACGAAUCGAUUAACGAUAUACGAGCAAUUCAAUUGCAUAUAUUCUCGGAUGCAGGCGAAGACGCUUAUGGUUGUGUAGCUUAUCUACGAUAUCUUGUGAGGGACGAAAUUCGAUGUGCGCUAGUUGGAUCUAAGGCUAAAGCAGCUCCACUGAAACUGACAUCAACACCUCGAUUGGAGCUACAAGCUGCGGUUAUUGGGGCAAGACUGAUGAAUGUUCUCAAGACAAGUCUUCCGGUUUCAAUUCAAGAACAGUUUUUGUGGGUGGAUUCUACGACAGUUUUAUCAUGGAUACGCUCUGAUAGUCGUAAAUACAAACCGUAUGUGGCACACCGAGUUGCUGAAAUUCUGCACACGACAGACAUCGCUGCAUGGAGAUACGUCCCAUCAAGAAUGAACAUCGCCGACGAUUUAACUAAGUGGGGUUCUGGAACAACAGUAGAUCCGGAGUGUCGAUGGUUUCUAGGUCCACCAUUUUUACACGAACCCAUGGAAUCAUGGUCGGAGCAGCCCAAAACGAAAUUGUUGGUACCUGAUGAACUGAAGCCGUGCUACUUGUUCCAUCAUAUUGUCUUACCGGAAGCAAUCAUCGAUGUGACUCGAAUUUCAAAAUGGAAAGUAUUGUUGAGGACAAUAGCGACAGUGUACCGUUUCAUUUCAAAUUGCAAACGAGAAUGGAAGGGGCUUCCAAUUGAAGCAAUCAGUAUCGAUGAUGGGCGGAAGGCGAUUAUUCCGGCUGUACACGUGGCGAUCCAGCAAGAAGAACUGUGUAAAGCGGAACAUCUGCUUUGGCGAAUGGCUCAGGCAGAUAAAUUUGCGGACGAAGUGAAGAUUCUGAAGAGAAAUAAGGACGUCGCAUCGGAUCAAUGGAUACGUAUCGAAAAAUCGAGCCCUUUGUAUAAGAUGUCACCCUUUUUAGACGAAGAUUGCAUCAUACGGAUGGAGGGCAGAACAGCAGCAGCGAGUUUUGCUGCAAGCAGCACUCGCUUUCCAGUAAUACUCCCAAGAGACCACGUGAUAACCAAGAAGAUCGUGGAGGACUUCCAUGUGCGAUAUGGACACGCUUCGAAGGAAAUAGUUGUCAAUGAAAUUCGACAAGCGUUCUUCGUUCCGAAGCUACGAGCGGUGGUUGGAAGAGUUAUCAUCGACUGUUUAGUUUGUAAAUUACGCAGAUCUACGUAG